GAAGUGAUCACUCGGUGAUCUCAGUGUUUGGUCGAGCGCAAUGAAAGUGCCACCGUGGCCUUAAAAACAAACCCGCAUUAUUAUUCCUGUGUAGCAGUACGUGUUUUUCUUAACCUGCAUUACAGUGUGUUCAAAUGUAAAUACACACUAGCACGCUAUCGGUACAAAUGUAACGUAUUCAAGUGUGUUUUGGUGUAAACGUUCAAUCUGGAUCACCAUAGAAGGAGCAGAGGGAAGAGAGAGGAGAUCUCCAGAGCAAAACUCCUCCUGUCCAAAAACAACAUGUUCUCCAAAUUCACCUCCAUCCUGCAGCACGCCGUCGAGGCGCUUGCUCCGUCACUGCCAUUGCAAGAGGACUUUGUCUAUCACUGGAAGGCCAUUACACAUUAUUACAUAGAAACCUCAGACGACAAAGCCCCAGUGACAGACACCAACAUUCCCUCCCACCUGGAGCAGAUGCUGGAUAUUCUGACCCAGGAGGAGAGGGAGAGGGAGUCAGGAGAGACGGGACCCUGUAUGGAGUAUCUUCUCCAUCACAAGAUCCUGGAGACGCUCUACACCCUGGGCAAAGCAGAUUGCCCUCCUGGAAUGAAACAGCAGGUUCUGAGUUUCUACACCAAGCUGUUAGGUCGAAUUCGCCAACCGCUCCUGCCUCACAUCAACGUGCACAGACCUGUACAGGUGAUCAGAAUUACAGUUUUAAACUCGCUUCGCACUUUAAAGAAACUGAUCCGCCUGUGUGGCGAGGUUCUGGCUGCUCCUACAGAGAAUGAAGAGAUCCAGUUUCUGUGUACUGUCUGUGCCAAACUUAAGCAGGACCCUUACCUCAUCAGCUUCUUCCUGGAAAACAAGACUAAAAAGUUGGAGGCUGCUAAAGAUGGCGGAGCUGGUUUGGUGAAGGAGGAUCCAUGUUCUCCAGAUACAGGACAGAUCCAAAACCAGAAUCCCAGUCUGGUCACAUCAACACUAGAAGCAGCAUCCUGUCAGGCCACCAGCCCAGGGGAAGCUAGCCCAUCCUCCGUCCACAGUACACAGCCAAACAACGAUAACUACAACCUAGUCAGCUCCCUUCUUAACCUCACUAAGAGUCCAGAUGGCCGUAUCGUGGUGAAGGCAUGUGAGGGUCUGAUGCUGAUAGUCAGUUUGCCUGAGCCAGCUGCAGCCAAAAGCCUCACCGAGAACACCAAACUCAGUCAACUUCUCACAGACCGGCUGGCACAGUUCUACCGGGCCCUUCCUCAGUCCAUGGACCCUCUUGACAUCGAAACUGUGGAAUCCGUAAACUGGGGGUUGGAUGUGUAUAAUCUAAAGGAAGAUGCUGCUGCUUUUGCUGGCAAACGUGCACUUAUUUCUUUCCUAUCGUGGCUGGACUAUUGUGAUCAGCUCAUCAAAGAGGCACAGAAGACGGCUGCUGCAGUUCUGGCCCGGGCUGUGAGAGAACGGUUCUUUGUUGCAGUAAUGGAGCCUCAGCUAAUGCAAACGUCAGAGGUUGGCAUUCUGACUUCAACAGCCCUGUUAAACAGGAUCAUCAGACAGGUGACAUCAGAGGCCCUGCUUCAGGAGACUGUUUACUUCCUGUUGGGAGAGGAAACGGGGCCAGAGACGCUUGCCGGCAUUACCCAGCAUCCCCUGAGACACAGACUCAUAGAACAUUGUGACCACUUAUCAGAUGAGAUAAGCAUCAUGACUCUACGGCUCUUUGAGCAUCUGCUGCAGAAACCAUGUCAGCACAUUCUGCAGAACCUGGUGCUGCGCUGCUUGGAAGAACGGAACUACAUGGAGAACAAACAGCCAGAGGAGCGUGAACACCUGGAGAACGGCCAGCCGCAUGACGCCGUAGAUCUGGAAGAAGACCCGUUGUUCUCCGAUCUUUCCCCUGAUAACAGAAUCUCCAGCCCUGAUUGGUUAAGCUGCUCUCCAUCACCAAGCACAGAACACGCCAAGCCUGAUGGGAAGACGGAGGUUCACAAAAUAGUUAACAGUUUCCUGUGUUUGGUUCCUGAUGAGGCAAAGUCAUCCUAUCAGGUUGAGGGCACAGGCUAUGACACCUACUUGAGAGAUGCACACAGACAGUUUCGAGACUAUUGUGGAGUUUGUCAGAGGUGGAACUGGCGUAGCAGUCCAAAAUCCUUUGAAAAGUGUAAUCUGGACAGUCCUUUUUUUGAGGGACACUUCCUCAAAGUGUUGUUUGACAGAAUGGGACGAAUCCUCGAUCAGCCGUAUGAUGUUAACCUGCAGGUGACGUCUGUGUUGUCUAAGCUGUCUCUGCUGCCUCAUGCUCAUCUUCACGAGUACUUGCUGGAUCCGUACAUUAACCUGGCACCAGGCUGCAGGUCUCUCUUCUCAGUCAUCGUCAGGGUGGUUGGUGACUUGAUGUUGAGGACUCACCGCAUCCCUGAAUUCACCCCUAAACUCCUGCUGGUCAGGAAAAGACUUCUGGGACUAGAGCCAGAGGGGAUGAGCGUUGAUCACGUGACGUUGCUCGAGGGGGUCAUUGUUUUGGAGGAAUUUUGUAAAGAGCUCGCUGCUAUUGCAUUUGUGAAGUUCCAUGCAUCAGUCUCCACUUCUCCCGAUCCUCUUGCCCACUGUGCAUAGGAAACAAAUAGAUGAAUAAGUGUGGGAGGGGGUGACAGGAGCGACAAACCAAACUGCACUCAUCCCUCAGGGCAGACUGUUGCCUGCGGCACGACUCGCAUUCCAGGAUGUUUCAUUCACGUUAUCUCUGGGAUGUUUCCAUAACUCUGACUGAGCGUACAGUUCUAAAGGCAUCCAGAGAGGAGAAUUUCAUAAUGAGACGAGGGAAUUGUGACCCUAGUGGAACAGCCCAUCUGGAAAGGAUUUUGUAGCAUUGACAUGGAAAGAAAAAAAACUGUAAAUCUUAAUGCCAAAAAAAAUUGGUUCAAAAAGAACAAAUAGAAAUCGACUUAAAAUUUGAUUCAAGUAAUGAAACAAUAUAUUGUCAAAAAAAAAAAAAAGCUGAAUGUGCUAAAUUAAAUAUUUAAUUAUUGGUUGUUUGUCAUUUGCAGUAUCAAAGAUACUGUCAUCUGUUGCUCUCUGUUCUUCCUAGAAAAAUAGUUAUAAUACAAAUGUCAAAUGCAUUUGUAAUGACAAAUUACAAUAACUCAGGAUUCAAUGUCUAUCUGUUUUUAAAUAAUUGGAGAACCAGAAAACAUGCAAAGGUUUUAAGCGAAUCCUCUCUCAUUUUUCUUUCUGGUAGUGAGUGGUGUAUUAUUUUUUUAUAUUUAAGUGAACUGAAAGCAAUGCAGACUGGAUAGAUUUGUGUUUGGGCAUAUUUGCACUCAAACCGGUUUCCACUGGUGCAUCUCUAGAGAGCUGAUCAUCCUUUAUGUUCCUGACAGUGUUCUUAAAUCAUUUCAGUUGUUAAACCUGACGUGUUAUGUGUGUGCCUUGGUCUCAGCUAGACAAUAGCUGUGUCCUUCAUCCUUUAUUUAUUAUAAAUUUCAAAAAACAAUUUUAACAGAAUAGUUCACCUAAAAUAACAAUGAUUAUAUAUUCGUCCUUAUGUUGUUGAAACUCGAGAGCUUCUAUGAAACAACAUGCAAUAAGGAUAAUAAGUGAUACACAUAAAAAGUACCUUAAAAAAUGGUUCAUGCCACUUCUGUGCUUUAUGUCUUCUGAAGCCACUGCGGUAGUUUUCUGAACUAAAAGGGAAAAUGUAAGUCAUAAAUCAGUAAUUUCAGUGAGUGUCUUUUUGUCACACUGAGCUAUUGUAUGAUUUAGGAAGACAUGGAAUAUAUUGCACAGGUCAUAUGGAUCUCCUUUAUAAUACUUUACUGUGUUGUUUUUUUUUUUUUUCAAAGCUUGGUAGAAAAAAAAUCACUAUGAGGGAAUAGGAAAAGUAAGAAAGAAAAUGUUUUUUAACAAUAUUAGGGUGAGUAAAUUAUGAAAAAAUCUUCAUUUUUAGGUGAACUAUUCCUUUUAAAUCUCCAAAACGAUCAGCUGGAUUAGAGUUUAGCUGCUGCCUUACAAGGGAUCUUAAACAUUGUAUGUUUGCAUUAUAUGGCAGUGUGGUAUUAUACCAGCAAUAGUGUUACUCAUCAGGCUGCUCACUUCAUCUGCUUCUGCUCUUUGUAAAGGACAUUCUGUGCUAAAUGGCAUCAUGGCAAACAUUACUUUGCAUUUUUCCAUCCGUACUACAAGUGUAUAUUUAAAGCUACAUCACGUGAAGAUUUGUGUCCAUUUACAAGCAUUGCACACUAGUGUCUAUUUAUCCAUUUUACAUGUCUGUCUUUUUAAUUUUGUUUUCUUUAAAAACCAAAGGGUGUAUCAUCAUAGGAGCAGCGCAUGACUGCUUCAGAGAAAAAGAAAAUUAAUGCAUCUUUUUAUUUUUUCAAAUUCUUGAUCAUGCACAUUUUAUACCUAGUUCAGACUGUGUAUAUACAACUGUACAGUUAUAACAGUAGUGAUGUCUGGUGUGAAAUGCAUGCAAGGUCAUAUCUGUUAAUAUGCAGCAGAGGAAAGCAUAUUCUCUCUCUAUCUGCCCUUCCACUGUUGUUUUUGUUGCUGCUUUUAUCUUCUUUUGCCUAUUUAUGGGGAUAUUUGUGAUGCCUUAUUUUAAGUGCAGUAAUUGAUUAUAGUCUAUAACCUCUCCAGUCCUGUUUUUGAGUUAUGCACCUGAGAAAAAAAUUGUCUUUGCUUUAAUGCUGCCCAUUUUAUAAAUUUUUUUAAAAAAAUGUCGUAAAGCGUUAGUUUUCUCUGAAUAUGUAAUUUAGCUUGACUUAUUUAUUCUCGUCACUUGUACAGCUGUAGCUCACUUGGUUUUUUUUCCAGACGUGUGAGGAGGUAUCUUCUGUUGAAUUUGAGUGUCACUGCCAUGUUGUCAUGAUGGGACACUUUUUAGAAGAACUGGGUUAACAGAAAUUUUAGGGAUGAAAUCUCAUAUGAUCUCAGUUGCUUGAUUCUGCUGGGCCUGUAAAUCUCUGUAAUGAGGUUUGCGGUGUCCUGUGACUUCCUUAAAUGCAUUUUACUCCGUCCCAAUUAAAACAUUUGCUUUCUUCAAA